AUGUACCUGCACUUGGUAUACCAUUACCAUAUUCAGUCUUUUCUGUUAGAUUCCGGUCUAAUGGGGGAGAUUGAUGUAAGCCUCUUGGAGACAGAAGCGGAGGUGUUUACACCAAAGCUGGUCUCAACCAAACCAACUAGAGGGUAUGGGCCUCUCAGCGUUCAUCACAGACGGGAGCCUUCGGGCGCGUCUUUAGGUGGGAGCUUCUUUUUAGAGGCGCCAAUGAAAUACCACCACCCAUUUGGCCAACCCCCUGCAUGGGCAGCGGGUGGACAUGACUUGGGAGCCGUGGAGUGCUCUUCCGCAACUUUGGCAUCUAUUCUAGAUCUGAGGUUAGGCGAAGAAAGAAGAACAGACAAGUUUGCCACUCAGCCCGUGCGAGAGACUUAUGUCUGGGGUGGACCAAACCUUACCAUAAAGGUUGGACCAGAGUUCGGCAGUAGACCGUCGUGA